AAUUAAGUUUGUAAUGCACUGAAAGCAGUCAUUUGUGACUUCAACAGGGUCCUCCAGGUAAACCAGGUCAAGAUGGGAUCCCUGGACGACCUGGAGAGAAGGGCUUCAUGGGGAAACCAGGGCCGAUGGGCCCCCAGGGACCAGUGGGCAUGUAUGGUUACCCUGGGGCAGUGGGACUAAGUGGAAGACCAGGCCACAUGGGGCAAAGGGGAGAAGCUGGCAUCAGAGGUCCUCCUGGCAUCCCAGGAAAGACUGGACCUCCAGGUGUGCAGGGACCUCCUGGUGAGAGAGGGCCUCUGGGACUACAGGGACGUCAAGGAGAGUGGGGACCUAAAGGCAUUCGGGGACCACUCGGCCCUCCAGGCCAGCCAGGACCAGAGGGUGGCAUAGGGAGCCCUGGUCCAUUAGGGAGCCAGGGGCCUCCAGGGCCUUCCGGGUUGGCAGGACCUAGAGGGUUUCCAGGAACAGCAGGGAUUACUGGACUAAUGGGUCAGACAGGAGAGAAAGGAGAGCAGGGAGCAGUGGGUUCAGUUGGUGAUAUAGGUGUGCCGGGUCUGGAUGGGCAGCAGGGUCCACCAGGGCCAGCUGGAGAAGAAGGGACUCCUGGAACAAAAGGUGACCAGGGAGAUCUGGGCCCCCAAGGACCAACAGGGCAGAGGGGACCAAAGGGAGAGCCAGGACCUCAGGGCUUCCAGGGGCUGCAGGGUGAGCCUGGGCAGAGGGGCAAAGAGGGAGAUGAAGAGGAGCCUGGCAUACCUGGGGAUCCAGGUUCUAAAGGAACAAAGGGAGAUCUUGGAAAUCGUGGGCAUCUGGGGUCAGAGGGGCUUCCAGGAAUCCCAGGCAUACAAGGACUAAGGGGUUCAAAAGGACAAAAGGGUUAUGUAGGCUUAGUGGGUCAAGGUGGCCUGAUGGGGAAGGUUGGACCGUUAGGCUUAUUAGGACUACAGGGUUUCCCAGGUGUUUUUGGGACUCCAGGACCAGAUGGGCCACCAGGACAGAAGGGAGACAAAGGUCCUGCUGGUUUGUCUGGGGAGCCAGGGAGUCCAGGUCCCAAGGGCAUGGCAGGAAGCCUAGGUGAGAAAGGUGAAAUGGGAAAGCCUGGACGAGUGGGGUCUGCAGGAUUAAAAGGAAAACCAGGUAAUCUUGGCCCAAAGGGCUUUUCUGGACCUGAGGGGCUGAGAGGAGAGCCUGGAAAGAAAGGGGGGCCAGGAGAGGCGGGACCUGAUGGCCUGCCUGGAAAUAAAGGACCUCUGGGAUUACCGGGACCAGAGGGUGUCAUGGGUGAGAUGGGACUUCAGGGUCCUGUUGGCCCUCCAGGACCUCAGGGACUAAAAGGUAAACGUGGUCUCGAGGGAAGGAGUGGACAAAAAGGUGACAAGGGAGAUGAUGGCAAAAGUGGACGUCCAGGAAAGGAUGGGCGCACUGGGAAAAGGGGGAAAAGAGGGAAAGCUGGAAAUGCAGGAAUAAGAGGAAGGCGAGGAGAGAAGGGGAAAAUGGGUGAUUUGGGUGCAUUUGGUCCUCCAGGGAGACAUGGUGCAUAUGGUCAAAUCGGUCAACGUGGAAGAAAAGGUGAAACUGGUCGACCAGGCUUUAAGGGAGAAGCUGGGAAUAUAGGACCAAAUGGCCCUCCUGGUGGAGAGGGGUUAAAGGGAGUACAAGGCUCUAUUGGAGAGCCAGGAAGAGCAGGUCAAAAGGGAGAGCAGGGGGAUAUUGGUCCACCAGGUAGACGAGGUGCUCCUGGCCUGCCUGGGCUGCCUGGAUUGUUUGGACAGAAGGGCCUGAAAGGAUUUACUGGGCCACCAGGUCUGAUUGGAGAGAAAGGCUUACCAGGUCCACCUGGUCUGCCUGGGCCCCCAGGAACCUCCCUGAACCUCACACUGACUCAGCUGAAGGAGCUCAUGCACAUGUCAGACAAGCCUAACUACGUCCUGGUUCAGACUCUGUUAGACUCCCUUCAUAGAGAUCUUCACUGGUUCUUAAACCCACCAGAUGGAAGCAAGCAACACCCAGCUACAACAUGUCUGGAGUUAUGGCUUGCUCACCCCAACUCCACCAAUGGGUUGUAUUUCAUUGACCCAAACCAGGGUAGCCCAGCUGAUGCUUUUCAAGUGUACUGUGACUUCACAGAAGAACCAAAGACCUGCCUUUCUCCAGUGCAGCAUCAGAUUCCAGUAAAAGCUUGGCUGAAGGACUCUGGCACUAAUAUGUCAUAUCACUGGUUAAGCACAAUUGAAGAUGGCUUCGAGUUUGAGUAUCAAGGAGGAACAGAUGUGGUGCAGAUGAGGUUUCUGCGACUGAACAGCAGAUUCUCCACUCAGACCAUUACCUACUCCUGUCAGCCAGGAGACAGACCAAGCCACAGAGAGAGGGAAGUCAAAUUCCUGGCUGACACUCGAAGGCAGAGUUACCUUGGGGCACUGCAAGACUGUGGGUCAAGACCUCUGGAAUCAGUGUUUCAGUUUGAAAGUGAGGAUCUCCUACUGCUCCCUCUCAGAGACCUGGCAGUAUUUGGAAACAAGGAAGUAACCCAGGAGUUUGGCUUCACCAUAGGACCAGCAUGCUUCAGCUAGGGUUGCCUCCUGUCCCUUAGCAUUGUUGUGUCUGCGCGGUGGUGUGCACAAACAAACCAUUUAUUCCUGGCACUUUGGUACUGUCUUUUAUAACAUGACAUAAUUUUUGAGUUGGCAUUGCUUUCUACCUAAUUUUAUUUGGAUGUUUUGAGCAAUUUUGUUGCUCACAGUGGGAAUUCUGGAUCAUAAAUAACCAAUCGCAAUGUUCGAUACAACAAAACAGUGAGGACAAAAGACACAAAGUGAACUGACGAUCCUCCAGGAGAAAGUGUUUCUCUCCCUUUGUGAAGCCUUCCUCCGCACAGAAUGACUGUUGGCUUGCCCACUAUUUAGACCAGGGAUAUUUUGAACCUGAAAUUCUUGACAUUAAUCAUAUUUUGUACAUUUUGUUUGUGUUUUUGCAACCUGCUUAUAUAUGUAAAUACUUAAACAUAAACAUUCAAUUAGUCAUUUUUGUUUCGAUUCACAUACGUUGGACUUGUUCAAGUGACAAGAAUGGUGGUGCUGAAAGUUCGGUGACAUAGCGACAACUCAUGGGUCACGUACCAAAGCUAAUGUGAUUUUUUUCCUUCUUUCGACUCUCAGUUCUAUCUGUUCCUCCCAACGUCUGCAAUGCCAAGAUGGUGUGCAGUUAAACUCAAUGCAUAAGGAGCACAUGAAUUGACUGUCAUAAAUAAAAAAUCCACAGAUUGUGGCCUUUGCCACACUUUUUGAAUAUAAUCUAUUCAGUCCUCUAAGCGGCUGACAGCAUGACGUGUCUUUAGAAAUGUGUCAGAAGCGUGUGCUCCUCUCUUGUGCCACACCUUGUGUUUUUAUAACCUUUUUUAGAUGCACAUGAAAGCUUAAAUGCCUUUAAUUUUUCAG